UUUUGUUUUUAUCUUCCAACACUCACUAUUUAUAUCCACUACCCCUUCCUCCUUUUUCACCCACUUCAAUUCUCCUUCUUCCCUUUCAUCUUGAAGCAACUUACUGAAGUAAUGGAGCUCGGUAACAUCACUUAUUUGAAGGAUUUGGAUUUGGCUCGCCGUGAUUACACUGUGAAGGUUCGUGUACUCCGUUUAUGGAAGCAACCGAUGUAUAACAAUCCAGAGCAGUUUUACUCAAUCGAAAUGAUCGUUGUUGAUGAAGAGGGAACCACCAUGCAAGGCAAUGUUCUCCGAAGAUGGUUUCCGAGAUUUGAACAAGUUUUCAAUGAAUCAGAUUGCUAUUUCAUUGUCAAACCCACUAUUGGUUUAAAUGAGUCCAAGUACAAGUAUGUGGACAACAAAAACAAGCUGGGAAUCUACUGUGAUACCGAUGUGUAUCCAUGUAAGGAUUUCAAUGGUCCCAUGUAUGGGUUCUCAUUCACAUCCUUUAAGGAUAUCAUUGACAAAACUGUUCCAGAAAACAAAUCUAUAGAUGUUAUUGGUUUUGUUGCUGAUGUUAAAGACCUUAAGAAGUUUAAGACAGCAAGGGGUAAAGACACCAAGAAACUCAAUGUCAUCAUUCAAGAUCUAGAGAUGGAAUCAAUAUACCUGUCUUUGUGGGAUUCUUAUGCUGAUCGGAUUUUAGAGCAAUGGGAAAACAGAGAAGAACAUGGUGUUAUUGUUGUCAUUCUGCAGUUUGGUACACUGAAGUACUUUGGUCGUUUUGGUUAUGUUAACAGCUGUUUCAAUGUUUCCAAGCUUUUCAUAAAUUCUGAUGUUGAUGAAAUGACUACUUUUCGUAAGAGUCUGAUUGCAAACUCUGCUGCUUCUUCAUGUUCGAGUCAAUCUUCUCGGCUUUCUGGAAUUUUUUUAUCCUUGUAUGAUGAGUAUGUUGUUAGAUCUGAAUUCAACAACAUAGCUGAAGUAAAUCUCAAUCAGGCCAAGUCUGUUGUUGUUGUUGGUACUGUUCAAAUGAUAUCCGAAGAUUUGCCUUGGUAUUACUUUGCUUGUAAAACUUGUAACAAGAAGGUUUUCCCAAAAGUUACUAAUGAUACACCUACGGUUGGUGUCUUGGUUGAUGAAGAAGAGGUUUAUGAGUGCAAAACGAAAACUUGCAAGGACACUGUGAUUCAAUAUACUAAAAGGCUUAAAAUUCCAUUGACUGUUCAAGAUUCCAGUGGAACUGUGUCAUUGACAUUGUUUGACAGAGAUGCUUGCCGAAUUCUAAAUACAACUGCAGCUAACUUAAUUGAGAAACACGUUGCUGGUGGUGAUAAGGGUCUGUAUCCUGACGAGUUUGAAGCUCUUUUAGGGAAAAAAUUUGCAUUCAAGAUUGAUAUCAGUGACUUCAACAUUGAACACAACUUUUGGUUUUUUGGUGUUUCUAAAUUGACUGACGAUGAGGAUAUCAUAUUUGAGCUUGAGAAGAAAGCAAACAACAUUAAGGUAAUAUUAAGUUUAAGUACCUAA